CCAGUUCUAAUUAUUACCCUUCAAUAUUAGAUUAUUUCUUUAAAUUGUUAUGUCAUGUUCAAGUGUCACAUUUGUCUUAAUAGUAGUAAUAUUCACAAUUUUCAUGUUUUUAACCCUUGAAACCAAUACAGUAACCGCAGAAGACGAACAAAACGAAUAUUUCAGCCAGUGCUUCGGCGACCUAGGUUGCCUGAACACAGACAGCACUUGGUACAAUUCGAGCGUAAGGCCCAUUAAUUUGAAAGCCUUGGAUAGGAAUAUAAUCAAGACCGAGUUUCUGUUCAUAACGAAAAGCCAUGCUAAUGAUAGUUCGCAGCUACUUUUCAGGACAAUGACGGAUCCUGAUACGACAAAUUGUAAUGAUAUCGAUCUUGGUAAGGAGGAUGUUCUAAUGAUUUUGGUGCAUGAUUUUACCAGUAAUGGGUACACUGGUUGGAUCAAGAAUUUAGCUUUGCAGUUGCUGAUUAAGUCAAAAAAUCGCAAGAUUUUAUCAGUGGAUUGGCAAAAAGGGGCUGAGCCCCCGUUCGAUCAAGCCGCAGCUAAUGCGAGAGUUGUGGCUUUAGAAAUAAAGUAUUUUGUCAAAAAAUUAGAGGAAAAGACAUGUAAACGAGCAAAGCUUCACAUUGUUGGACAUGGCAUGGGGGCACACAUUGCUGGAUAUGUCGGUGCAACUUGUGAUGUCGGAGUUGAUAAAAUCACCGCACUGGAUCCCACAGGAUUGAAAUUUGCAGGAAUGCCUGAUGCAGUGAGAUUGAACCCAAACAACGCCAUUUUCGUUGAAGUGCUUCACACUGAUGCCUCCGAUUCCCUCAGUCAAGGUACUAAAUUCCAGUUUGGCCAUGUGGAUUAUUACUUAAAUGAGGCAAAAACUCAACCUGGGUGUAUCGAAGAAAGAACGUACAACGAAUUGGACGAGGUUACUUUUGAGGAUUUGGACGAAAGUAGGAUUUUACCGGGCUGCAGCCACAAAAGGUCCUUCAAAUAUUUCAUCGAAGCUGUUAAGGAGGAAAAGUGUCGGUUUUUGGGGAUUUUAAACGACAACAAAACUAAUCUUAGAGUGGACACUAUGCCGUCUUGCAAAAAAGUUGUCUCCAAUUAUUUCUCUGAAAAAUUGGAAAAAGGUCAACCCGGUUCGUUUAACCUCUUCACUGACGAUCAUCCGCCUUUUUGUCUCUACCCGUACGUAAUAGGGGUGACUCUGAACGAAGGCAUCAGUUAUUACGGCGCGUUCGACUUCAUACUGAUCGACGAGAACGACGACGCCUCCAACGUAACAUUCCUUGGCAGUAAGUACGAGUAUCGGUAUUUCAUUGCGACCUCGGACAAUGGCUAUUUGUAUUACGGCAAGUCUCCCAAAUUGGGGCGCAUAAAGGAGGCAAAAGUCAGGUGGACCGCUCCGAAGUCCUUUUGUGUCAUCAACUGCGAACAAUACGUGAGCGUCCGAUUCAUCGAUGUGUGCCUCUUAGACCCCGACGGAUCGAAUAUAACUUCAAGGCUAUGUCCAAAAACUGGGGAGCACCGAAUAGAAAACGGAGAAUUCACAACUUUUGUCCAAUGUUGUAUUUAAAAAAUACUAUUCAAACUGCAUUUUACAAUAACUGCAAAUCAAUAAAAACAUUUUUUAUACAAUAACCUUGUUUUAAUGUCCCAUUUUCUUUAACAAUGGGCUCAAAUUAAGCCUACACAUCAAUUUCGAAU